AUGGCCACCUUUGAGCGCUUCCCCCUCCUCCCGCUCGAGCUCCGCCAACGAGUCUGGGAAUUGACCGUCGAGCCACGGCUCGUAGAGGUGCGCUUCAAGCUGGACCACGACGAGAACCCCGACGGCAAACCAAAGGCCCUGCACGUAACCUCAUCGACGCCUGUGCCGGCAACACUGCAUACCUGCCGCGAGGCGCGUACCCACGGGCUGAGCAUGUACCAGCGCGCCUUCACCAUCGGGGCCGAGCCGCGCUACGUCUGGGUCAACUAUGAGAUGGACACCAUCUCCGUGGGGGACACGAGCCUAAGCCUCAUCGACGCCGAGAAGCUGCUCAUACGCCGUCUCAGGACUGAGAGGGCGGGCAUUGGGGUCUUUGAGACGCAUACGCAGGGGGACGGAAUGAGUGCCUCGUUUAUGCGAAUCGGAUGA